AAUCACUCUUGUAUUCAUAUGAGUUUAUUAUGCAUGUACACGUAUAUGAUUAGAAUGUAUUGUAUAGAUAUGUCAACAAAUGUUGCAAGUAAAAACCUAACCUUACUUGAAGUUUUAACCUAUAUCUAUUCAGUAAUGUAAUUCAGAAUAUGAGGUUGCUACUUUCUAUAUUAUUUUAUAAGUUUGUAUAGUGUAUAAUAUGUAUUAUAUGCGCAAGAAAUAUAGUUUUAAACAAUGCAGUGUGAUUCUUUAGAGUUAGUAUAAAAUAACUGUAUUUGGUAACACACUGAAUUGUUGUUUUUAAUCAACUACGAGGACAUCUCAUUUGCAUUUUAACAGCUAUAGCAAGUUAACCAUUUAGCAUUAAAAUGGUUACGUUACAAGAUAUUAGCGUACAGCUUAUGAAACCAGCAAAGGACCUUGCAGAUUGGAAGUUUCCACUAUCUCAGAUUUUAGAAGAAUAUUAUGCAUUAUUAGAGGAACCGUGCAAUAUCAACUUUGGAGAAGCUGCACUUGUGCUACAAAAUUCAACUAAUGUAUAUGUCCGCAGGAUUGAACGUCUGUUCACUGAAAUCAAUGUUUUGAAGCAAACAUUUUUUGGCUACGAGGAAGAAGAAAGAAAAAAGUCAACCAGCAAAGAAAAACGGGUGCCCAAGAAGGCAUACAUUGAUUUUGAAAAUUUUGUUAUUUUUGAUUUGGAAAAAUAUAUCAGUAAAAAGAUUGAUAAGAAGCAGCGAUUUUCAACGCAGAAAAAGAUCAAACUGUUGAGCCAUCGGUUUACACAGUUGGAAAACAGCGUCACCCAAUUGUGUAUACCCAUUCAAGCGUUCGAUGUGUUGGGAGAAAUCAUAGGAAAAAAAUAUGAUUUCCGGUGCAAUCAAGCUAUAAAUACAACUGGGAUGUUAGUGGAUGAACUGACACCUUAUGAUUUUAAUCAUGUCAUCGGUUCUCGGGUUCAGAAAGGAAGAAACUCUCUGUCAUCCUACUCAGAACCGAAAACUCCUGGCACUGGAACAUCAGGGUAUCAUUCAGCUGCUUCAAUAAACGAUAAUGAAUGCGUAACAUCGAUCAUCGAAGAGUUUGAAGAAGAGGAUGAUUUUUCUUCGCCUAUAGCAGAUAUCUGCACAACAAUCGAACCAGAAAUCGUAGAAGAUGAAAGUGUGAUAGAUACAGAUUCUGCAAUUCUGCCUGCUACUGUCUUCUCUCAGCAAUAUAAUACAAUUGAAGAUCGUCUUACAGAACGUCAUAAUGAAAACGAUGCAGUGUUGCAUUCAUUUGAUGUUAACGAUCAGAGUAGUAAGGAAAUUGAUGAAAUUAGAAAAAAAUGUCAGAAUGAAAAGCCAGAGAAAAUGCUUCAAGUCGAGGAAAAUUGUACGAUGCAAGAUAAAAGUUGUGAGAUCAUAGAGAAACCGGAAAAUAAUGAAGCGAAUAAUAAUAAACAAUCAGGACGUAAUUCUAAAGAAGAUCGUUCUCAGAUAGUUGAGUUAGGUAGUGUUCAGGGCAAGGAAGGAUUACGAAAAAAAGGGAUUGAGAAAAUGAAGAUGUCGAUAUGCUAUGUGGAGGAUAUCAAUGAGUCUGAUUGGAAGCCAAUGCCGCUGAUUCAGGGAAUGGAAACUAUUCUUACUGACGAAUCGCCUGCCUUGAAGCUUCCGGAAUACAUUUCUCUUUUGGAAACCAAAUUUGGUUCCAAAAAGCGUAAGCUGACAUCAAAAGUAAACAAACCGGAGUGUCUUACAAAGCUUUUCCUUCGCGAAGUUGAGUCGUUCACGCAGAAGGAAAAGGAUCUUAUUUCACAAACGAAACAAACGUUCAAACGUUUGCGAAAGCAGGAACUGGAAGAUUUUAUGAAGAAUUUUGACGAAUGUUUGAAGGGCCCAGAAAAAGAAAACGAUGGUACGAGAUACGAAGCCAUGACAAGUUCGACCAUUGAUUUACUGGGCUUUCGAAUGUCUGAAAAGAAAAACAAUUUCAUCGAGAAUAAUACAGUAGAAAUGAUGAGCCGGAGUCCUUCUCCUAACGACACAGGAUUGGAAUCUGGUCAUAAUUCCUUCGACAUCGUCGCCCAGUCACCUAAUACAUGCAACGAUUGGUACGAGCCCUCGAUCUCGGAAAUUGAUUUGACAUAUUCGUUGCCAGAUUAUCAAACGUUAAUCGAAGAUAAGAUGAAGGAAAUCUUCAAGGAGUCCAAUGUGACGACCGAGCUGGACCAAAAUGUUUCCAAAUGGCAUGCUACCUUGCAGCCAAUAUUGUCCGAGGCAGAAAUUAGACCAACAUUCCGAAUUCACGAUUACGCUUCCCACAUAAUAGGAAAGUUGGAGGGAUUGGAACAGAAGAGGAUGACCUUCGACGAUGUUGUUCGAGAUAAGCCUGCUUGUGAAGUGGCGAGAUACUUUCUAGCCUCGUUGCAACUGGCCAACACGUACAACGUAGAAAUAAAAGAAAUAAACAACUGUGACAGCAUAGAGAUAGCAUUGCUCGAUGGCAAAGACUGUGAGAAGGAAUAAUUUAUUGUGGCAAUGAAAAAAGUUAUCAAAUGUACAAAUAUUAUUUUUCGUAUUUAUUUGAAGACAAAUUAUUAUUUUUAUUUUUGCUGUUUUAUAUGAAAGAAAUUAUUUUCAUAUACGAUUGUUACGAUUUCAUCUGAAAAAUGAACGAAAUUUUAAAUAAAAUUAAUCUACGGAA